GUGAGUCGGGGGAUGGUUGCAUGUGAGGGACAGGGGUGGUGCUGCUGGACUUACAUGUAAGUGAAGGAUCUGGAUCACAUUUAAAACACAUGGUAGUGAUCACCUAGUGGCCGGCGGCUACAGAGGAGACAGUUGUCUGUUGUAGGACAUGUCCACCUCGGUUUAAUACCGGACAUGCAGUACUAGAAUAUCCCUCCGCCUCCUCAUGUACUUUCACAGCAUGAAGGAUUUUUUUGUCUUCUUUGGUGAAAUGUACAGGUAUUCCAAGAUGGCCGCCUCUGAUGUAAUGUACAAUGGGUGGUUAUGAAAACUAAAUUCUGAUUCUAAUUUUACCAUUAUGUUACAAUGGUAGAUUGAAAUGGCAAUAAUGGUUCAUUAUAAAUACAGUCGCGGCUGAGAAGGAAACCUGGAGCCUUUUAUGGUGUGGAUUAUCCAGAGGAAGCUGAGAAUUAGUCCAAUUAAACUUAAACGGCACCGAAAUGUCUCACAUUCCUGGACUUCCCUUUGACUGAACAGUAUUUGCAGACGGGGAAUCUUAAACUUCUGACUUCUGGUGUCGUCGUCGUCAACUCCACCAAAGCCUCGGUAGUAAAAGCUAAAUGCUUUAAAGCCUCUUUAGCAUUCUCCAUUUGGUCCGUCCGUGUCUGAGUGUUCUGGGACAUCUGGCUCAGGGCGCACUCACACUCACUUUGCAGCUGCAAGUUAAGGAGUGUGUGUGUGUUUGUGUGUGUUUGUGUGUGUGUGUGUGUGUUACGCAAACCCACACUGAGAGUACCAAAAGUGCGUGUGUGGUCUGUGGGACUCAGCUGGUCGGGGAAACAGAGUCAGAGAGGCAGUCGGUUCUAAGUGCUUUAAACAGAUCGGGGUUCUUCCUCCGACCGGCUCUCAGAACAGGCGGGCAGAGUCAAGGGACGAGGAUGAAGAUGAAACGGAGCCUGUGCACACUCUCCUGCCUGGUUACUUUAGUGGUGGAGCUGAGCUGGAUUAACAUGGGCCACAGCAUGCACCGAGAGGGAGGGAAUAGGGUGAUGAAUCAAUGGGGGAAAAAAGUCCGAUCAUCUUCCAGUCUGGAAGAGUUGCUCAGGCUCACAGACUUCCCCGACUGGAAGUUGUGGAAGUGUCGUCUGAGGCUGCAGCAACCAGAAGCCUUCUCCUCUCCACCUUCAGCUGGGCCUCACCGUUCUACACGCUACGCAGCUGAAUCAUACAGUCUGGAAAUACUGAAAGCCAUAGAUGACGAGUGGCAGCGGACUCAGUGUAUGCCAAGGGAAACGUGCGUGGAUGUGGCCAAGGAGCUGAACACUGACCCUUCAAUGUUCUUCAAGCCGCCAUGUGUGUCGGUUCACAGGUGCAGCGGUUGUUGUAAUCAGGAGGGAAUCACCUGCAGAAACACCACCACUGUAUAUGUGAAUAAAACAGUGCUCAGUGUGAUUCCUUUCAAGUUUGUGCCUGAACCUGUGCUGAUAAAAGUAGUCAAUCACACCGAGUGUAGGUGCAUGGAGCCAGCCAUAAUACGGCGAAAUGCUCAGUCUCACAGGAACAGUGGCAGCUGCUCUUUAAUGAGCCAGCACUCAGCCACGGAAGAUUCCAGGAAACUGUGUGCCACUGGGUGGAUCUGGGAUUGUUCUACUGAGAGAUGCAUACCUUACCCUUCCAGUGCAUCAGAAUUUCCACUGAGUUCAUGGAUGCCCGACUGUGAAAUAGACGAGGAGCGGUGCCACUGUCUUCCUAGUCCUGCGUCAACGUUGCAACCGGAAACAGCCAACUGCCAGCUCAACUCCUCUGAGUGUGCUCACAGGCAACUUCACUUUGAUGAGACCUCAUGCAGAUGCAUAUUGCCCAGAUAAAGGACUGGAGGUAAUAAAUAACCACGGCAACCUGCCAAAAGUAAGGUUGGACACAGAGAAGAAAUGAUCCAUAAUUUAUUCACUAUCCUAUUUAUGCCGAUCACUUUAACAACUGUAGAUGACAUUAACUCACAAGAUGAGGUUAAUUGACUGUUUUAUUAUUAUUAAUCUAUGUUGAAAAUCAAAAAGCGAUUUACGAUCUGUUCUUUCUGCACUGUGUAUGUAGUUUA